AGUUAUCUGAUUAACGCCAGGGUUGCUAAGUUGUGGUAAGCGUAGGUUGGAAGCGUUCUCCCACAGCGGAUGUCGGAAGUACGCAGUGAAUGGAUGAAAGCUAUCGCACGAUUGGUCAAAAGAAGACGGUGAUGUCAUGUCGCUACCUAUAUAUAUACACACACGCGCGUGCAUAUAUACUUACAACAUUCGCUUCUAAAGGAAGAGGCGUUUUCGCUGCUAACAGGCAUCAACAAUUUAUUUAAAUGGGUACUACAUCAGACAGGUGUUACACACACCUACUGUCCUGCCAAUGGGUCAAAGACAGGGAUACAUUUCUUUCCCAGCUCAAGGAAUACCCUCAUUCCUUUCUCAUAAGAGGCUUUGAUCACCUGUCAUCAGAGCGAAUGCAAGCUGGCCUUGAGGCUGCUCUAAAAAUUGGUUACAAGACUGACGUGGAGAAGAUACGAGCAAAAAACCUCCUUGCCUUCUUGCUAUUCUGCCAAAAAAGAGAAACAGAAGCUCUGCAAGUAACCGAAGAGACCCUUCAGAUAAGUGAUCAGAAGAACAUUGUAUCAUUGGCAAAUAAGGCUGUCAUCCUUUGGCACUUAGGCCGACGCAACGAGGCACAGCACCAGGUGCAAUUGUUGAAGGAUCUGAAAUGUGAUGAAAGGUUUGACUAUCUGUUAAUUAAAGCCAAAGGGGAACUUGCUUUCAGCUAUACACGCAUGGGACCACAGUUUAUCCCAGAAGCAAUAUUAACAUUCAAAGAAAUUUUACCCAGUGCCAAAGACCCAGAAAUAUGGUUGUGGAAGUUUGGUCUAGCUCUAGUCUACCGGCGUGCUCUAAACCCCCGACACUUUUACAUUUUAGGGCAGAAUAGUCUGCCAGAUGAUAUAAGUGAUUUGACCUGGCAACUUCUUCAAGAAGUCAUACGAAAAUCCAGAAGCACUAGCCUACAAGCAAAAGCAUACUCUGAACUGGCUCUUUUCUUAUUUCACAAUAAAAAGGAUGCUAACUUGCAGAAAAAAACAGGUUUAACUCCAAUAGCUGCUUGCAAAAAAGCACUGAAGCUCGAUGGUAAAGAUUUUUCAGUUCUUGUCAAAGUUGGAAAGGUGUUUCGAUAUGAAAGGCAGACCAAAGAAUCUUUGGACUGUUUACAGAAAGCGGAGUCUAUUCGAUCAUCAUCAUCUGUUCACCACCACCUUGCCCUUACAUACAAAGCACUUGCUAAAGAACAAUUCUGUUCACAAAAGAGACUCCACAGAAAGUCGGCAGCUAAGACUGUACACCAAUGCAGUGACAUUCAAUCAAGAAUGGGGCGAGAGGCCCGAGAACUGAGGAAAAUGAUAAAGGCUCCUAUCAGCAAAGCUGUAGAGUUUAAGCUGACAGAUGAUUUUGUACCACAAACAGUAGAACAUUUAAAACAAGCGAUGAAGUUCAGCAGAGGGGAAAAUCUACGAGCAGUCUAUGACCUAGCCCUCAUGCACAAGGUUUUAGGAGAAACAGAUGAUGCCCUGCUGCUAUUAGAACAGAUUCGAAAUUCAAGAAUAGCAGGUGCAUUUGAAAUAGUGAAUGCAUGUGAACAAACAGGAUUAAUCUUGAAGGAUCUGAGCGAAAAAGAGAAAGAUGAAAAUAGAAAAAUGCAGCUGGAAAAAGAGAGUGAGUCUAUGCUAAUGCUUGCACUCCAAUCAGCCACAGCAAAUUUCUGGCAACAUCCUGAUAUUAAGCCACAUAUAUGCACAGCGUGGAAUUCAUUUUCUGAGCUUCUAACAGCAAAAGAUGAAUCACAGAAUCCUGAACAUCACAAGUUGCUAGAAAAGGCACAGCUCUUUCAGCUGGUCAAAAAUCACAAAGAGGCAAUAGCAAUACUGCAACGCAUCAGAGACAUAGCACCUGAAGAAGGGAAUAAACCAGAGUACCUUAAAAUGUUAGCAGAAAGUUACAUUGAAUCAGAACAGUACUGUGAGGCAGUUAUAUUAAUUGAAAUACUUAAGGGCAGUCAAGGAGGAAAUUCAUCCUUUGGUCUACUUGAAUCCAUAAAUUUGACAAAUCUUUACUUGAAAGCUGCUGAGCAACAUUUACUGUGUUCUCAGACAAUAACAGUUUCUAAGUUCUACUUCAUGAAUGCUUUCACAAAAGAGAUUUGUGAUGAAAUGGAAAGGAUGGCUGUUGAUAAGAACCCUAGUGACAGUGAAGAUAAGGAAAUGUGGCACAUUAUGCUGCUUUAUGAUAAUGAAGAUGAUGAUGCUGAGAAAAAAGCAAACACACUAGCUGAACUACUGCACAAUUCUUCUGGUUUAAAAGUAACAUGCAUGGAUGAAGAUGUUCGUCUUGGUACAUUUAUAUUGGAAGGUACACUGGGAAUUAUGAAAAAAUGUCAUCUGUUAGUAUUCUUGGUGAGCCAGAAUGACUCAAGUUUAACCUUAACCUUUUAUAUCACACAAGCAAUAAGAAUAAACACAAGAAUUAAAACCUUUACACUCACAAGUGCUAAGACCCCUGAACUUCUUGCUCCAUAUCCUUCUAUGCCCUAUCCUGCAGAACUACAUGAUAUCAAUGUUAAAAAUCUGAAUUGUGAUAAAAGUGCAGUCACGGCUGUCUGCCGACUCUUUCGCUUUCUUGUUAACUCCCAAGAAAACACUCUAUGAUGGUAUGUCUGUCACUAGAGCUGCAUUAACAUAAAACGUGGACAUGUCUAAGAUCUGUAAUAAUACUCUGACAAUAGAUUCUUCAAAACCCUUAACUUUACUGAGUACAAAUGAUUAUAGGUUCUUAACAGAAUGGAUAAUGAGUUGUAUGAGCAGUGCAAAUACUACUUCUCAUGUUUAAGACACUAAUCACUAAAUCUGCUAGUUCAGUUUUUCUCAUCAGAUUCUUAUUUAGUAACAAGGUUACCAAAAUUGCUACUUCUAGUCUAAAGGAAUGAUGUCAUAAUAUCAAGUAGCCUUCUGUUCAAAAGUAGUGUAAGCCUACCCAUUAUAUGCUUUUUACCUUUGGGGGGGAUGGGGGGGUUUGCAAAGUUGAUUGGACUUGAAAGAACAGCUAUGCUUUUACUACAUGACUUCAUAAUGAAGCUUAGACUGUAUCAUGCUCACAUAUAUACUUAUGUGCGCAGACUCUGUGAAGUACUUUGUUAAUGAAAUGUUAAUUUCUUAAAUAGAUGUAAAUGUACAUAUCUUGUAAAUAGAAAUGAUAACAAGGAACAAAACUUAGCCUACACUAAUAAAUUGUAAAAAAUGUUAUAUUUAUAUGUAUAUGUACAUAAAUAAAAAAGUAUUGUAAUGGCAUUAAACAAUGUAUAACUGCCUCAUGAUACCUCGUGAUACCUCGUGACAUUCAAAUCUUAUUUAUGCAUUGCAUGACAUGUUAUUGGUUACGAAUAUGUCUAAAAUACGUGCACAAAUUGGGGAAGUGAUCUUGUGUUAGCUUGUGGUGACCUAAGGUCACCAAUUAUAUCUUACUGUCGUUGGAGGUGUAUGUGUGUAUAUAUAAAGUGUCAGAAGGAUAAAUUAUUGUAGUCAAGAUAUAUGUACUCAACUGUAUACUGAUAGCACAUGAACACUACCUUUAAUUGCCCUUGUGAACUAAUAAAGUUGUAUUGUAACUUUUUCAGAGGGAUGUAAUUGUAAAUAUUUGGUCUGUUGUUUCAUAUGAGUCAAGCUUAUUAAUGCACAGCCAUCAGCUCAUGUUUCGCUAUGGUGGCACAAAGUUUCCAGUCAAAAAGGGAGAUAAAAAUUGCUUGGUGCCAUCUGCAGAACUCUUGCUCUCCCAUUACUAUUUGCAGCUGUCACUAUAGCUUGCACUCCACCACCCACCUCUCUCUGUCAGAUACCACAAUGCUAAUUACAUUAUGCAUUGCCUUUUUUAUUUACUUUGCUUUUUAAAAUGUGGAAAAGUUGUAGCCUGUGUGUAUACCUGAUUGUAUGGUGUUGAAUGGCUUGAUGCAUAUCUACGUAUCCGUGAUUGUAAUAGUUUGGUAGAUACCUGUAUUUAUGCCAUGUGGAUAUACAUACAAGUUAAGGUCUAGUGGUGAGCAAGCUAAAUAUUGUACCCCUUAUGAAAUUGAGCCAUAACCCUGAAUCAUUAAAGAAUAUCGUAUGGUC